CCUAAACUCAGACAUCUCUCAGCAACAGGAGAGGAUCCUUCUUUGACUUUCAGAAUGCCUUUCGGGGGAGGAAACAAGUGUGGCUGCUGCCAGAAAACCGUCUACUUUGCAGAGGAAGUGCAGUGCGAGGGGAAGAGCUGGCAUAAAUCCUGUUUUCUGUGCAUGGUCUGUAAGAAGAACUUAGACAGCACAACAGUGGCCGUCCAUGUGGAUGAAAUCUACUGCAAAUCAUGCUAUGGCAAGAAAUACGGGCCAAAAGGCUACGGGUUCGGAGGCGGAGCCGGCACCCUGAGCAUGGACACAGGAGAGGGACUGGGGAUCAAGCCUGAAGAACAAGCGCCUCAUCGCCCUACAACCAACCCCAACGCCUCAAAGUUCGCUCAGAAACAAGGAGGCUCAGAUGUGUGUCCUCGAUGUGGGAAAACGGUGUACGCAGCCGAGAAGGUUGUUGGAGGAGGAAAUUCCUGGCACAAAGGCUGCUUUCGCUGCGCCAAGUGUGGAAAAGGACUCGAGUCCACAACCCUCGCCGAUAGAGACGGAGAGAUCUUCUGUAAAGGUUGCUACGCCAAGAACUUCGGCCCCAAAGGGUUUGGUUUUGGUCAGGGUGCCGGAGCUCUGGCUCACUCCCAGUAAACCGGAAGCCUGGGCCCUCCAGAGACCGACAUCGCUCAGAUAGCAUCACUUCAAGGAUCCUUCUGUCGAUAUCUAGCCUAUUUGACUCUGUUCACUCCAGCUGAAGGAGAAGAGGAGUGACAGAGGCACUCCACACACUGCUUUAAAUACGAGUUCACCAAGUAGAUUUCGCUCUGUGUGACAUUUUGAUCUAGAUUAUUAUGUCCUAUUUUUGACGGCUCAAAAUAUAAUGCUUGAUGUUGAAAAUGCACAAAAUACUAUGUUUGGAUGUGCACAUGUGUGUUUCACUGAAUGGUAAAGUAAAGGGAAAAUAAAACCAAUUUCUUGUGCUGCAAUACUAAGAGACAUGUCUAAUGUAGUAACAGAACUAAGUUUGGCAAGUGUUGAGACACAUUUGUAUUUAAGGAAGUUGGCAUCUUACUGAGAAAAAAACAAGAUCGACAUUUUCAAGACUGACAGCUUUGAAAUAUCAAGCUUACAUAAUGCUUCAGUUACACUCAAGAUAAAGCGUCCCUUUCUGCCUUACAUGUCUACUGCUGUACAUAUUGUCUUAAGAUUAUGUUUUAUUGCUGAGACACAAAAUAAAUCAGUCACAAAAAAAAACAA